AUGUCUCUGAAACGUCCUCGCACAGUAUUCGAAUCGAAUGGGAAAGAUGACAGAGCCCCGUUCGUCUGGUAUGGAACGCCAACUCGCGACACGAUCAGUGACCACGGGAAGUACAUUCCCUUGUACAAGCAGGAAGUGAGAGACGACCGCGGUAGGAAGCGCCUUCACGGUGCCUUCCGGGGCGGGUGGAGUGCAGGAUUCUAUAACACUGUCGGUUCAAGAGAAGGAUGGGCUCCUUCUCAGUUCAUUUCGAGCCGCGCCAACCGUCAUAGUGAUUCUUCGAAGCCGCACCCGAAAGCUCCCGAGGAUUUUAUGGACGAGGAGGAUCUUGCCGAAGCCGCAGAGGCCCAACAGCUUCGUACAGCUGAAGCAUUUACCGGAGUUGGACAAGAGAGCCAUUCCAGAACAUCAAGGCGUGGUCUUGUGGGUCUUCUCAGAGGAAAGAAUGAUACGAUGGGCGCCGUUCUCUUAGGGAAAAUGGGAUGGAAGGAAGGCCAAGGCGUUGGACCGAAGGUUCGUAGGAAAGUUUGUCUUGGUCUAGACGGAUCUAGCAACGAUAUUCUCCCUCGGGGAGUCUCCGAUACCUACCUUUUCUCGCCCAAGGAUAUUUCCCCCGUCUCAUCAUACAGAAAGCCUGACCGCAGCGGUGUCGGCCAUGGAAUUCAUAUACUAUCACCAAGCUCGCACCCACCUCUCCGUCGCGGCCACAAUGUAAACCGGAUUGAGGACGAAAAUUUAUUUAGUCCUACUGCCUUCGUGCAAAAGGCGCAGGGUGACGCGCCCUUCGCCCGGGGUGGCAUUGGGACAGGUAUCUCAGACGAUAGUGAUUCCGAACACGAGGACAUUGGCCCCAGCAAGUCUAUCAAAGUGGCAGGUCAUGAUAGGCUGUCGCCGUUGACAGGUUUCAUCUUCCGACCAUCGAAGUACUCGGACACGAAUUAUCCCUACGCCCCAUUCCACUACCCACAACCCCUAAUUAUUCCAAAGUCAUGGGACGCCACCCGGUGGGCGGUGGCGCAACCGUGCUCUGCUCGGUCACGUCCUUCUGCCGAUGCCCCAUUUUCGACGCCUCGCGAUUCCAACGCCAGAGCACAGAUGCUGGGAGAGUCGCGGCUUCCUGGCAGAUCCGUCUUCGACUACAUGACCGCUACUACCAGAGACAGACUCGUCGCCAUAACGAAGAAUAGAGACCUACCAGCAGCAGGCGAGGUGCUCCCUAGGACCCAAGCGAAUCACGUCCUGCGGGAGAGGUCACCACCUGCGAAAAGGUGGGCACCUCAUCUUAGCCAGGAGGUAGCUAGGGCUGCUCUCGCCAGGGAUCGGGUGGGGAGUGGCCCGUAUAUGGCUAACCCUGGGAAGCGGGCAAGGUAUCAUCAAUUCCUUUCCUACAGUUGCGGGCUUCUCGCGGAAAUGCCCUCCAGACCAGAGGACAUGAGUCAGGUAGACUUCGCACAAGAACUGGAAGAGUUCGCGAAGUGUGCGGAAAUAUUCAAGCCCAUGGUUGGCCCCAUAGCCUCGCGCUUCACGACCUCAUCAGUAUCCGCCCCAAUGCCGGCAAGUCAGUCAACGAACCCAUCACAAGGGACUGAAGUUGAUUUACAGGAUACUGCCUUUGACGCAGCUAAGCUAGGUAUGUUUGGUAUCGCAACUCGGUCUCGAGCUUUAUUCACCCCUCAGCAAUUACUGUGUAAACGUUUCAAUGUGAAACCACCAACCCAAGCCAAGGGCAAUACCCAGGAAUCUCGAGCCCAAGAGCCGAGGCCGGAUGCCAUGAUAGCCGUUAAGCCAUCCUCGGCACCAAGUGCCAGUCAGUCUAUGGCCGACGCGCCCGGCAGUACGAAAGAUUCAAUCGUGUUCCGCCCUCCCACGCAAGUUUUCACCGCAAUAUUCGGCGAUACAAGCGACGAAGAUGCCGCUAUUGUUUAG